UCCCCCCCCCCCACUGAUACCUCCCAGCAUUAUAUAAGACGACACAGGGGCCAGAUGAUAAGAAGAUUGUCCCAAGACGAGCCCGGCCAUGCGGUGUAAAGUCCUCGCCCUGUUUGUCCUCCUGACUCUCGUAAAGCGCGCGUCCCCAAGUGAAAUACAGGCCGGCCCUAAUGCGAAUGCCACGCUGCCCUGCAACGUGACGCUGCCCCUGUCCCUCGACGGGCACCACGUGGACCCGUCCCUCCUCGCAGUCCUCUGGACGACCAACGGCUCCGUCGUCGCCUCGGUCGGGGAGGCGGCGUCGCAAGUCGAGGACGGCUUCAGCUUGGACGGGGAUCUGUCCAACGGAGACUUCUCGCUGACCGUCCUCGGGGUCCGUCUCGGCCUGCAGGGGGUGUACGAAUGCACCGUCAGCUGCAACUCCACCACGCUGCACUCCAGCAACACCACCCUCAGCGUCCUCGCGUCCCCCGCUCUGUCCGUCCCUCAGCGGUGGGUGGUGUUGGAAACGGAGAGUCGGCUUGAAUGCCGCGCAGGCGGCUUCUACCCUCCUCCCGUCUCUUUCUCCUGGACCAGGGACGGACGGGUGAUCCAGCCGGCCUCCUCCGUGGAAGGCUUACAGACUCCAGAUGGGUACUACGCGGCCGUGGCCAAUCUGACCUUCUACCCGUCCCGCGGGGACCAGAACUCCACCUUCGGCUGCAGAGUGUCCCACAGAGGCGCCGAUCGAGACCUGGAGUUCCGACUCAACGUUACAUACACUCCUUCCGUCAGACUCUCCGCCCUGCCUCUGCUCUCCGAAAGCACCCCUCUCACCCUUUACUGCGAUCUGGAGGGUUUCUACCCAAGAGAGGUCUCCGUGCGCUGGUUCCAGAACCGCAGCGUCCUCCCCGAGCCCCCCGCCACGGAGCAGAACCCGGACGGGACCUACAGAACCCGCCGCUACUACACCUUGAGCCCCGAGCAGAAGGAGCGGGGCGGGCAGGUGGAGUGUGCGGUCAACCAACCCGGUGUCGUGCAACCGGUCGGCGGCUCGGCGUACCUCGAGGAACUGGCCCCCCGAGACGAGACUCCGGUGUUGACAAAAUCCGCCAAGGCCUCCGUGGCCAUGAUGUCUAUUUCUAUCGUGCUGGUCUUCCUGCUCUGCUUUGGCUUUUCUUGGAGGAGACGGGAUGAGAAACUGAAGUCUCUGAACGUGUCGGGGAUCAUCCUCCCCCCGCGCCUGAUGGUCGGUCAGAAGGGCAGAGUGACGGUGAGCAUCGAGGGCAGGAUGGUGGACAGGGUCCAGACCGCGUGGUUCCUCAAUGACAGCCCCAUCGCUGACACGUCCCUCACAGGAACCUCCGCAGCUAACUUUAACUGCCUCUAUAACCGCCUAACCACCAUCCAUCUGCCCUACGGUCUAACCCUCACCUCCCCAGCGACGGAGAGAGGCCACCUGCUGCCCCCCACAGGCGAGCUGGAUUACUACCGGCUGCGCACUCAGGGGCCGCUGCGCUCCUCCGGGAGCGGGGCCCAGCAGCUGAUCUCCUCGCUCACCUUCAUCCCCCGGAUUGCCGUCCACAAGGCGGCGGUGUUUAAGUGCGAGGUGUCCUACGUGGGCAAAGACAAGAUCGUGGUGAGGAGGGUGUCAGAGAAGUUCGCCAUCCUGUCUGCUCCGGAAGUAUCAGAAAUCCAGCUGCUGGAGACCCCCAAUAACCCUGAUGUCAUCAGCAUGACUGUCAGGGCGUCACAUUUCCACCCGGACGUCAUAACCUUCCGCUGGUUCUGCCAGGGGAGUGAGCUCAGCCCGGUGGCCUCCCAGGCCUCGUCCUCCCCCCGACCCGAUGCCGAAGGCUUCUUUUCGGCCUUCAGCCAGUGCAAACUGCCCAUCGGUGAGCUGGAAAAGGGAGGCACCAAAGUGUGGGUCAGCGUCCACCACGUCGCCCUGAAGCAGCCGGCCACUCGCGAGACCCGGGGAUUCAUCAAAAGGCCGCGUGUGUCCGACAUCGUUGGUUCGGGUUCCUCCCCGGGCCAGGCUUUGACCCUCGGGUGUGAAAUCACAGACUUCUACCCUCCGACCCUAACGGUCACCUGGCUGAGGCUCAGGGAGGGGGAGCAGGAUGACGGCGAGGAGGAGGUGCUGGAGGGAGGAGAGGUGUGGGGCCCCGUGCAGACUCACCCCAGAGUCUACAGGGCAGCGGCCACUCUGAGGAGACACGCCGCCAGCCGGGAGAAAAAGCACCGAGGAGGAGGAGGAGGAGCAGGGGGGGUUGUUUGUCGAGUGGAGCACUGCUCCCUGCCGGAGCCUCUUGAGAAACACUGGCGAUAUGUUGACAUCGUUGCUCCCUCCAUUCCUCCCUCCAUCUCCGUCUGCUGGAGCAGCGAAGGGGUCGGCGUGUUCUCCCUCCUAUUGAAGGGAGGUCACCCCAAGGUCAAACUGCUGUGGGCGGCGGGGGGGGCCACGCUCUACCCGUUGGUCUCCAUCGAGACGGAGGAGAUGGGAGACGACGGGCGGAGGGAGCUGAAGAGCGUGUGCGCCCUGGAGAGGUCGACCGGCGCGGCGACGGGGCGGCCGGAGACGCGGGAGAACGGACGCGCCAUAAAAACUAAAGCCGCAGUCACAGACCCCGACGCUGAAGGAAUAGAAUACAUCGACGAAAAAGAGGAUGGAGAGAACAACAACAACAACGAGGAGGAGGACGAAGGGGAGGCAGCCCCCGGGGCGCUGCACAUCAACAGAGUCGCCCUAGGGAAGGGCCCCGGGGACAAAGGGGGGGGCCGUCUGAGGGUCUGCGUGGAGAUAACGCACGCCGCGCUCCAGCUCCCCGUCUACAGGACCUGGACAGAGCCAAGUGAGGAAAUGUCCUCUUCCGCAUGAAAACCUUGAUGUGCAAAAGGCCUUCUAUUUUGUGUAUAUAUCUAAUAUCUCACUAUAGUGGAUACAAGUAAAGCUUUUAGGAUAUCCAACUUUUUACAUUAUUUAUUACCUCGUGUUCUUAAUCUGUUAUUACUGUGUUUUGCUAAUUCAUGAUAUUUACAAAUGGUCAUUUCUUUUUGUACAAAGAAGUUUACAGUAACGAUCCAGUUUUGUGGAUUUCUUCUUUUAAUCUGCUUUUGGAAAAAUAAAAUCAAGAUACACACACA